AUGGAUCUGAAAUUUGUUGAUUGUAUUGUUUUUAUUUGUCUAGAUAUUGAUGAAUGUAUUGAAAAUACAAAUAUUUGCCAAUAUAUAUGUGAAAACCAAAUAGGAUCUUAUCGAUGUUAUUGUCCAAUUGGAUUUAAGAUAAAUAACUUAGGACAAUGUCAAGAUAUUGAUGAAUGUCGUCAAUUUCAAAUUGAUUGUGGUCAAGAUCGUACAUGUUUUAAUACUCAUGGUGCUUAUGAAUGUAUAGAUAUUCCAUGUCCUGUUGGUUAUAUUCGUCAAAAUGAAAGCGAUUGUUUAUUAAAAUGUUAUCAGCGUUCAUCCUCAUGUCGUCCUCGUCAAGCUAUUUAUAUUCGUCAUAGAUUUAUUGCUGUUCCACGAUUAACACUAUCAAAUCGAACAUUAUUUAGUUUACCUAUAACUUAUCGAAAUAAAAGUUCAAUAACAAUAAUCGAUAAAAAUCAUAUGAAUAUCUCUUUUCCUUUUAUACUUGAUGGUAGUGAUCUAAAAACAAAUCGAACAUUAAUUGAACCAAAUGAAUAUGAGUUCGAAAUACAUUUAUAUAAUACUGAAUUAAAUGGUAAACAUGUAGCUCAUCAUCGUCGUCGCUUACAUACAAUAUUUGUAAUACGAAUUAAUAUUUCACCGUUUCAUUUUUGA